UAUAACGACCAGGAAUUCACGGUGUGGGACUACCUCGAAGUUGAAGGCGAGAUUACCCUACGCGAGUUUCUCGAAUAUUUCCAGAACAAGUACAAGGUCAACAUCACCGAGCUAUCCGAAAGAGGCCGAACACUGUACGCCACUUCUAUGCCAUCGCUUGCUAGUCGCUUAGAACUAUCCAUGAGCGAGCUGGUGGAGGUGGUGUCCCAAGAAGAGAUCGACCCAGACAAGCGCUUCUUGGUGUUUGACCUCAAGUGUCAAGACGCCAGUGGUCAGGACGUGGAGCUUCCACGAGUACGCUACGACCUGCCGAGAUAA